AUGGGAAUUCAAUACCUCACCAAACACCUCCUCCCAUAUGCCGAGAACGUCCAACUGGACGGGCAGCCGGACUCAGAUCUCGCGCGCGUACGGAGAGUCGUCAUCGACGGCCCAAGUCUAGUAUACCAUGUCCACCACCGCCUCCUCUCAUGGAUAGACCCAAGCUGCGACAUCCUCGACGUACAACCAAGCUGCGAUGAGAUCAGUCACGGGACUCGAGCUCGCGCGGCGAGACCUGCCCCUCCACCCGCGCCCAAAUCCCGCUCUCUCAUCUCCCCCAAGCAAGGCCAAGUCUGGUGCAGUCGCGGCCUACCCGGCCGACGAAAGAACCUCCCUGAGAACCCAUUUAUGGUCUCGGUCGUAUACGAAGACCUCAAAAACCGGUGGAACAAAGAGCAGAUAUCCAAAGAAAUCGACGAAGACGUCACCUCUCUCGUCGGCCAUGAAGAAUAUCCCUGGGCUGGGAUUACAGUCAUGGUCCCCGGCGAAGCAGAUGUGGAGUGUGCGCGUGUCGCAAAAGCAACGGGGUCAGCUGUUUUAACUGGUGAUUCGGAUCUUAUGUUACACGACCUCGGACCUGACGGUGCGGUUGUUUUUCUUGAUUCUGUGCAGACGCCUUCUGGGGUGUGGGAUCCUGCUGAGCCUGAUAUACGUGGGUUGAGGAUUUGUCCUCAUACGCUUGCGCGUCGGUUGGGUGUUGCUAGUAUUAGGCGGUUUGCGUUUCGGUUGACGAGGAAUCCUCAUUUGAGGUUUGCGCAGAUUGUUCAGGGUGCUAAGGAUGAUGGGGGUGUGACGGAGCUUUCGGGUGCGUAUCGUGAGUUUCUAAGGGAAUAUGAAGAUGAGGGUACACAUUCGCAGCCCUCUGUUGAGACGGGGGUGUUGGUUCAGGAUUUGGAUCCCAGGGUUUCGGAGUUGUUCUGGCAGUAUCAACUUCCUCAUAAAUAUUGCUGGGAGGAAAUUCCGCAUGUUUACCUUGGGAUUUUGAGUGAGGAUCAUGCUAGGCAGUGUGCUUGGAGGCAUGGCCGGGAUUAUCGUGCUCUUGGGUAUUCAUACUUCAAUCUUUCUCGGGCUGCUGAUAACCGGUACUCGGUUGUGCGUGAGUACGUUCGCCGUGGUGGGAGAAUUGUCGCCGAUGAGGUAGCACUCAGCGAGGAAAAGUACGUGAACUCGAACCUGGGGUUACUUCGCAGUCGACUUGAAUCUGCACGGGAUACCUUCGCGCAUAGUCUGGCUGCGGAGAGGUUCUGGUUCUUGUUCGCUCUUUCUGAGGUCUACCGCGAUGCGAGCGUGACCCCGAGUGGGAAGCAAAUAGAAAAGUUCCUUGCAAAGGGAUACAUGGGUCAAAGGACCGAUUGGGUGGAUAUUCAGCUCCUCGGUCAGAUCCAGGCUACGUUGUAUUCUCUACGGAUACUGAAGCAGCUUCUUGAUAUCGCUGCUCCUGAUGAUGACUCGGUUGAAUCCAAGUCACUACUUGCGGACUUGCCGCCGCUAUACGUCAUGAUAUCGCGGCGGAGGAUGAUUGAGAGCUUUGCUGACAACCGGGUCGUUAAGGAUGCGGUUCGUCGAUUGUUCACAACAUUUUGUUAA